CAAACACAUAUAUCUCUUCCACGUCCACUGUUCACAUCCAUAUCGUCCAACACUAACUACAGCAAUGCCCUGUUUCUAUUUUGAUAAAAAGGAGAAAAUGAAGGGAAAGACGAGCAGAGACGACUACGUUUGCACGUCAGAUGGAGCAAUUGAUAGCCGUGGUCAUCCUGCACUUCGGAAAAGAACUGGCACUUGGGUUACUGGAUUUUUGAUUUUAGUGAAUCAAGGUCUUGCAACGUUGGCAUUCUUUGGAGUGGGAGUGAAUCUGGUUUUGUUUUUGACUCGAGUGAUGGGUCAAGACAAUGCUGAUGCAGCAAACAACGUUAGCAAGUGGACUGGCACUGUUUACAUCUUUUCUCUUCUUGGAGCCUUCCUCAGUGACUCUUACUGGGGAAGGUACGUCACCUGCGCCAUCUUCCAACUCAUUUUUGUCAUCGGUUUGGUUUUGUUAUCAUUGUCAUCUCACAUAUUCCUAUUGAAGCCGAGUGGUUGUGGUGACAAAGAAUUACUGUGUGGAUCACACUCAUCCUAUCAAACGGUUUUCUUCUAUGUUUCCAUAUACCUGGUUGCCUUGGGAAACGGAGGAUAUCAGCCUAACAUAGCCACAUUUGGGGCUGAUCAAUUCGAUGAAGGGGAUCCCAAGGAACAGCUUUCAAAAGUAGCAUUUUUUAGCUACUUCUAUUUGGCUUUGAACCUUGGCUCCCUCUUCUCAAACACCGUCUUGGAUUAUUUUGAGGAUAAGGGACAGUGGACUUUGGGAUUCUGGGCAUCAACUGCAUCUGCUGCUAUUGCAUUGAUUUUGUUCCUUUGUGGCACACGAAGGUACAGAUACUUUAAGCCUGUUGGAAACCCUCUACCUAGAGUUGCCCAAGUUUUUGUUGCUGCAGCAAAAAAAUGGAAGGUCAAGGUAUCAGUUCAAGAUAAACUUUAUGAGGUUGAAGAAUCCUCACCCAAUGGAAGGAGAAAAAUGCUCCACACACAAGGAUUUAGGUUCUUAGAUAAAGCAGCAUUUGCGACAUCAAAAGAUUUGGAGCAGAUAGAGGAGAAUAAACGCAGUCCAUGGCGUCUAUCGACUGUGACACAAGUAGAAGAAGUGAAAUGCGUACUAAGACUACUCCCAAUUUGGCUAUGCACCAUAAUGUACUCGGUUGUUUUUGCUCAAAUGGCAUCACUCUAUGUGGUGCAAGGAGAUGCUAUGGACACUGGAAUUCCAGGUUUUAACAUUCCUCCAGCGAGCAUGUCCAGCUUCGACAUAUUAGGAGUGGCCUUUUUCAUCUUCGUUUACAGGCACGCUCUUGACCCUUUUGUGGCGAAAACAAUGAAAUCCAAACUCACAGAGCUUCAAAGGAUGGGAAUUGGUCUGGUCCUUGCAAUCAUGGCCAUGGUUUCAGCAGGGUUGGUGGAGAAAUUCAGGCUGAAGUAUGCAAUAAAAGACUGUGUUAAAUGCGAUGGGUCGAGUUCAUUGUCCGUAUUUUGGCAAGUGCCACAAUAUGUACUCACAGGAGCAUCAGAGGUUUUCAUGUACGUGCCUCAGUUGGAGUUCUUCAACGGACAGGCACCGGAAGGAUUGAAAAGCUUUGGCAGUGCACUGUGCAUGACAUCAAUAUCACUAGGAAACUACGUAAGUAGUUUGCUUGUUGCUAUUGUCAUGAAAAUCUCUACCAAAAAUGACAUACCUGGAUGGAUACCAGGAAACCUAAACCUCGGACAUUUGGACAGAUUCUUCUUCCUCUUAGCAGCACUAACAGCUGCUGAUCUUGUAAUUUACAUUGCAUUGGCCAAGUGGUAUAAAUAUAUCAAAUUUGAAGCAAACCAGCAAUUACAAGACAUCAAGAAGGAAAAUCUUCAGGUUAUAGUGUAGACAUAGACAUGUAUUUUAGAUGAUAAUUUAAAUAUGGUCUUGUUGCAAUAAUCGAGAAAUCUAUGUAUAUUUCUCUUAUUCAAGCUUGUGAUUCUAUUCGAUGGUGUAUUUCAUGUACAAUUAUAUAUAUUUUACACCUAUUUUAAUAUUAGAACAUAUAUUUUC